AACACGGCAAGAUGGUGAUGGGUUUACGCUGUUCGUGAUGUUGUGCUUCUAUUACUGUAGUGUCACAGUGUCAAGCGCAUUACAUUUUAACGGGUGUUUUACACACUUACACACUAUCGAAUUAUUUGAUGAAAUAAUAAAAUGCCUAUGGAGCGCAAGCUGCUGGUCAUGGAAACGAUAGAAAUUGCUGUAUGGUUCGCCACAUGAGAGAGAGAGAGAGAACAGUAUUUACACCUAGACCAUAUUCCGUUGUUGAGCCUUUACAAGCAAGACAAUCAUAAUAACAAAGGGAGGAACAUAGUGAAAGCAGGGUUAGGCCUUUGGUAAAGUCUGCAGUUCAUGUGAAAUGAAAUGACACUUCCGUGACUGUGAAAUGCUGUAACUUCAUCGCAAUGGAAAAAGAGCGUGAAACACGGAGAGCUUUCUCUGAACUAGCUUCACAAUUACAAGAUUCUCAGCCCUCUGCUUCUGGGGAAACCGGAAGUAAUGGAAGACGAGAGAGAUUCGGGAGUGUGCCACGCGAUUUUUCUUUCACCGAUCUCCAAAGACGAUCUACAAUCUCAAAAGAUUCUGGUGGACCGGAGGCAUCCAGAGAUAGUUCAGAAGACAGAAAGCCCUCUGCAUUAAAAGAAUCACCACCAGAGGGCAGUGCAAUGGAAGUACAAUAUCAUAAAGAAUGGUGUAGUGUGCAGCAAUCUGAGUUGUUUACAGAUACCGAUGAUGUUUUCCUACCUGCAGCACCAAGCAGUGUGCAGGUACAAACGCCAUCUGGUGAGCACGUGUACAAGUCAUUUCCUUGCAGUGUUGAAGACAUGUCUGAUAAUUGUGCUGGAACUGGUCAACCUCAAAUGGUGUGGGAGCAGCAACAUGAGCGUCAAGUUUUUGCGCGAGGUAGAAACACUAAUCGAUUGUGGCUGCCAGUCCAGAAUUCCAACGCGUCAGUCGGCACGAGUUCUGGAAGCAGCUGUGGUGAUGAAAGUAGUAAAGAUGAGUUGUCACCUUUGCCGCAGUCACCGCUGCCACACUGUCCUAUGAUCUCCCCUGUUCGCAAGCAGUUUGACGCGCUGUUUACGAUGGAUGAUGUCUUGUCACGCCGAAGCAGUUCCACAAGCGUUGGCCACGAAGAAGAGAAGGCCGAAGCCAAGCAGAGCCCUAAGUGGACCUCCACUGAGCUCACUACAGAGAGCGCUGAAGGAAAAUUGCCCAGUUGUGAUUUGGCUUCACCAUCUGCGCUUGAUCCCCGGUCUAAAAAGGGAUACUUUAGCAAGAAAAUUGGUCGUGUAAUCGAUACAGAUGAAUUUAAUAUAGAUCUGAAGGUCUCCCGCCAAAAGCUGCUAGAAUCAACCAGAGAAGGCUUAGAGCCCUCGAAACAGACAACUAGAGAGAUAAGCAUAAAGACAGAACCCUAUGAUUCGGUAUUCGAUGAUUUGGCAGAUAAUUCUGCUUUCAAAUCGGUGAGACCUGGCACGCUGCGAUACCGCAGUUUUAGUGAACCAGGCGGUUUCAGUUUAGUACCCAGCCAGUUAGAGCAGCAGGAUUCUGGGCAGAAGCGCGGGGCAGAAGCUGAGCGCGUGUGGGAAGAAGAAAGUGAAUCUUCGAAAGUCACAAAAUUAGGUACAGUAGAAGAGUCUCAGCAGGGUAGGCCUGGAAACGAACCGGCUGAUUCAAGAAGACGAGGUCUUCAGAUUCAUAUUAGUCAAGACAGAGGCGAUGAUGACGAAGCGGGCAACGAGGAAAGGCGACAAGAGCAUAAUCAAAUGUUUAUGAGGCCGUGGCUGCUAGGCCCACCCGUGAUGCCGCCGUACCAUAGUUUGCCUAGUUCGCCUACCCUGGGUUAUUUCUCGCUUUCUCCGUCGCCGCGUGAAUCGUAUUCUGGCGGAUUCUUUCAUUUUCCGCCCACGGACCAUGAUGCCUCGGCUUCCUCGUCGCCAAUUCGUCCUGAGUCAGGUGUGUUCUCGGAACUCGGGAGCCCCUUCUCUCCAAAGGAUGGUGAACGCAGCCCGAGAAGUCCGACAGGGCAGUUUCUUACCGUGCCACACAAAGAGGUAUUCUCUCAAGACGCCGGCACUUUGCAGUUCACAUUAGGCGGUGCACAACAAGCAGUAUUAGGCCUUUCUCCAAUGAAGUCAGAAGAGCUUAAGAAUAUUGGUGGGCUGGACCCCUACCACACAAAUGCUCCCAGACUAUCUGCUCAAGAUUCCGAUGUCACAUAUAUAUGUCCGAUAUGUGGACAGAUAUUCGCCAUGUAUGACAGACUAGCAAAGCACAUUGCGAGCCGACAUCGUGGAAGUGACGGUUCGAGGAAAGACACUUCCCCAACUAAAUCUCAUUAUUGCCAUGUGUGUAAGCGAUCGUUUGCGCGCAGUGAUAUGUUGACUCGCCACAUGCGCUUGCACACAGGCAUCAAACCGUACACGUGCAAGGUGUGUGGGCAGGUGUUUUCACGUAGUGACCACCUGAGCACGCAUCAGCGUACACACACUGGCGAGAAGCCUUACAAGUGUCCCGCAUGCCCCUACGCAGCCUGCCGACGGGAUAUGAUCACACGACACCUGCGCACUCACAACAGGCAAGCCAAGACUGCAGCUGAAUCAUUGCCCGGCUCCAGCACAGAACCACAAGUGCUCCUCGACCCCGGGCCUGGCCUUCAACCGCCACCACAAGGGCUCACCUGACAACACGACUAACUAGCCUGAGGAUUUUCCGGGACCAAACAACUUGGUCAUCAUACUAUGUUCAACAUUUUUAGCUAUUGUAGUUAUUCGUUUAUAUUCCCAAAGCAAAUCCGAUGAACUUUAAAGAGACUACUCUAAUGAAGUAGACUACAAUCAUUAUUAAUUGUAGCUUACAGUAAUAUUCAAUAAUAAUUCGUGUGCAUGGUGACCAAGGGCUACUCACAUUCAGCAUCAUGUGGGCAUUUUAGCUGAUUGUUUAAAAAUGUGAUAAGAUGUGACGUGUUUAUUGACCAAAAUGCUUUUAUUGGCUAUGUAUUGUUGGCUUCAACGAAAAGCAGCUGAUUAGCUGAGAGAAGAUGAAUUCUGCACCCGUUAUGUUAAUGCUCAUCUCGGUUCUUUUAAUACGCAGGGUCAAUUACAUUUCCCACUUCAGUGUUGGUGAGUUUACAUGUUCACAUUCAUCUUCAUGCUUAUCAGUGUGAUUCCCUAUGUUGAAAGUCAUUGUAUAUAUUUUUCACACGUGUAUGUGUAACUUGAUCACUCCUCUGGCUCUAGUAUAUGGUGAUUAAAUUUUGUCAGCUGUGUAAAAUAAACAGUGAUUGGUACAUAUGGGGGAGGGGGUUCAUUGAAAUGGGUAUCACUAGUCAAAAGGAAUGUGAGCCCACAGAGGAAAAUAUUUCCCCGUUUUACUGUCUGACUCAUGUAUUUGACCUCGGCAUACGUCUUGUGACGCCUUAAAAAUUCUGUUAUACAUAACAAAAAACCGAAAGCAUUUACAUUACUGUUUGUACUUGUUUGUUUUGAAUUCAUAAUCUGGGUUGAUUCACAGCAGAUGUCACUAAUUUUUGGAAUUUUGGCAGUGAUGUCAACUUGUGUCGUGCUGCCGCCCCUCAUUUUACUGCAGGCUUCCACUCUCUGAGGGCAGGGAGUACAUUAGACUUCAUAGCUAUAAUGCUAUUUAUACCACUGGGGAAUUGGCAAUAAAUGAUCAGGAAGUUGCAAUACAUGAUCAGGAAGUUGCAAUACAUAACGCAAUGUCUGUGACUUUGCACAUAAAAACCAGCUUACGUAUUGUAAAUCCACCUGUCUAUGCAUUUAUUCAACGUCAUCGUUGGUAUAGAAAUUAUUAUGGACGUUUGGAUCAUUUACUUAUGUAAUUGUUUUGGUUGAUAUACAUACAUCCAUAUACUUCUCCUUUAAGGAAUCUAUCUGAGAGUUGGUGAUUGAACAGUUCACUACUAAAGUUCAACACUGAGGAUGAUGUCACACUUGUAAUCACUGAAUUUUGUAUGUUUAGUUUAAAUUGCAUGUGCAUUUAGAACGCACGUAUAAUAUAUAUUGCCUAAUGCCCACUAUAGUGUGCUCUAUGUCUGCUUAUCAUUUCAGUUACCGUCUGUAACGGUUACUUCAUGUGCAGGUACGAUGUGUACAUAAAUGCUAUGUUUAUUACGUGAGAUAGUUGUAAUGGAUACUAUUUUACAUGUAUGUUGAGCUAUUGUUGCCAAUUAUUAAUCAUUAUCACGUUAAAUUGUGUUGUCUAGCAUUCGCAGAGAAUCGUUGUACUUUGUAAAUGUUUGUGUUGAAGAUGGUGGGACUAUUUGUUGGAAUGAGCCGUGAUCAAGAUUUGUUACAAAGUAUCAACAGCGGCCGUAUUUUGAUGUUUAAAAUAGUAUACGGAUUUUAUUUGUGAUCAGCUAGCUGGUCAUAGAAUAAAAAUGAGAUGUUGUUGUACAAAUCACGAGCUAUUUUGCACGUGAGGCGUAAAGUGAUGACUUUUUGACAUUUGACGUCAACAAAACGUUAUUAUUUUGCUGUUUCCUAUGUGAAUAUGCUAAUUAAUGUGCAGGUAUGAAUUUGUAUCCAAUUUUAUACUGUUUGUGCAUCUGUUCUAGUCAGUUUUUGGCAUGUAUAGUGUGAGCGGAAGUGUUAUAUCUAAAUAGCAUUUACAUUUAAAGCAUCAUCAGGGCUGCACAUUACAUUUGUGUGGCAAUUUUUCAUCUGGUGAUAAUUGAAAAACUCUUUUGUCAGAUAAACAUGUAAUGGAUGUUACCUGUUGAGAAAACUAUCCACUCGGACGGGAAUGUUUUUUACAGGCACGGUACAGAAUUUCUCACAGUUUCUAAAUCAUUACAAUUGAUCAAUUUUAAGGAAAAAAUGACGGUGAAAACCAUCUGAUUUUAACUAGAAAUUUGUAUUUAGUUGUAACCGAGUUCUCUGUUCACCUACAUGUUAUCAACCGAACUUGAACAAUCCGCGUGUGAUUGUACUUCUGAAGCAAUGUUAUCCAAAUACACGAAGAAUUUAAGA